AAUUCAGUCCUGACUGAAUGAAUAUUAUUUGUAUCUCAUUUAAGCUUUUAGUGCUCUAGUAUUAGAUUCCAGUUGCAGAAUGGAAAGAGUAAUUACCCAGUGUAUUAUCUUGCCCUGGCAAGACAGAACAAAGAAUUUGAAUUCAAGGUAGCAAUUUGGGCUGCUCCCUGACCUCAGGGUUUUAUUUGGCUUAAUUGAUUUGAUUUGAGCUUUAAAUGUUUUUCUUUGCUAUGUGUGGUUCACAAGCUGAUGGGCCAAGGCUAGACUUUGUAACCAUUUUAAAUAUCAAAGUGAAUGCACCACUGUGAAGAGUAUCAUUUUGGGAGAUGCCUCACCAUACACAACAUUGAGGUUCAGUUAUAUACUGAAGAAAUACCCCAAAUAGUUUAGUAAACUCCACUGUGCUGUUAUCCUUUGUUUGAAAGCUGUGGAUAUGUAUUUAAUAUCUGCUUUAGUAGAAUGUUUCAGACAGACAAAGACAUUAAUUAUCUGGUAAAUACUCCUGUACACCAUAUUAGUUCAGCUACUCUGUUAUUAAUUUAGUAUCUAUUAACAUGCUUGAGAUUCAUUAGCCUACAUUUAUCUGCAUUUCUAUUUACUAAGACUUGUCACAAAUAUGAAUGACAAUGAAAGGAAAUUAGUGAGUCCUCUGAAAUCUGUCAGAGAUGUCUACAGUCCAUACAGUUUUUGUGUUUUUUUUCUCUGUUCCUCCUUAUCUGGUACAGUUUCCCUCUGUCCAACAGCAGAUAGCUGAAGUCUUUCAUAUCAAUGCUUUUAUAUGACUUAGAGACAACAGUCAUAAAAAUGGCAAUGCUGUUUUUCUUUAUUUAAUAACAAAAAAUGUGUACAGGAACGUAAAGUCACUUGUUCAGCUAAGUAAAAAUUAGCAACUUAUAAAGCACAAGCAUCAUACGGAGAUUGUUGUCAGAAAGUUUAAGUCUUGUCAUAGUUCUCUCUUUAGAUUUAUAAGGCAAUUUAGAUUAUGAUGAACAGAUGGAGCACCAUCUUUUCUAGGUCCUCAGGGAUUAAAGCUUUCAGAUAUGUUUUGGUCAGAAGGCAAUUGUUUAAACAAUAAGGUCACUGUCUGUCUAUGUUUCUUUCUCUCUCUCUUUUAAAAUUAACUGGAAUAUGUGACUUUGAUAAAAUAUGCAUUUUUGUCAUGUUCUCACACUGGGCAUAUCCUUUUUAUUAUAUUUUAAAAAAUAAUUAAACCAACUCUGUUUGUGACAUUGAAGACAAAGAUGGUCUCGGAUUCUCUCUAACUCUGACAUAACUUCUGCAGAACUGCUGUGCAACCAGUAGCUCUCCACCCAGAAUAUACGUAGUUGAUAAUACAGUGUUAGUUUUGUCCCUACUCAGUAGUAUCCCGGGUGGUUUUGUUUGUUUGUUUGUUUGUUUGUUUGUUUGUUUUCUGUGAGCAGGAGAACAUCCGCGGCCCGCCCGCUCCCUCCGUCCCUUCGGCGGAAGGAAAGGCCCGCGCCGUCACAGCCACGGCUGCGCACAAGGCCCGGCACCGCUCCUCCGCUUCUCCCGCCUGCUCCUUCCCUUCUUCCUGCUCCUUCCCUUCCUCCUGCUCUUCCUCCUCGUCCCCGCCUCGGGUCCCAUGGCGGCCAGUGACACGGAAAGGGCCCAGCAGCAGAUUGAUGAAAUUGAAGCCCUUUCAUCAAUCUAUGGUGAUGAUUGGUGUGUUGUUGAUGAAGAUGAAAAAAUAUAUUGCAUUAAGAUUAGUGACUGUCUGGAUCAACCAAAAUGGACCCUCUGUUUGCAGGUGAUUUUGCCACCAGGAUAUCCAACUGCAGAGCCACCUAUUUAUCAGCUAAAUGCCCCUUGGCUUCGAGGACAAGAUUAUACAGAACUAGCAAAUAGCUUGGAAGAAAUAUAUGUACAGAACCUUGGUGAAAGCAUACUGUAUUUAUGGGUGGAGAAGAUACGAGAAGUUCUGGUAGAAAAGGCACAGUCUUCAGAUCCAGAACCAGAUAUUAAGAAAACCACUGAAGAAGUUGAUGAAGAUGAUGGAGGUGAUUUUCUCCUAGACUAUCAGCCCAUUCAGGAAGAUCAAAUUAAAAUGUUAAACUACAUGACAUCUGAGAGUCAGGAAGAUGAAGAACUGCCCCCCAUACAUCAUGGAAACCCAAUCACAGAUCGAAGGAGCACUUUCCAGGCACAUUUGGCUCCAGUGGUGACAACCAGACAAGUUAAAAGAGUUCUUGAAAAUUUAUAUGAGAACAAGAAAAUUGCAAGUGCUACCCACAAUAUAUAUGCAUACAGAAUAUUCUGUGAAGAUAAGCAGACCUUCCUACAGGAUUGUGAAGAUGAUGGAGAGACAGCAGCAGGUGGACGUCUUCUCCAUCUUAUGCAGGUACAUACAGAAAAUGAAGUCUGGGAGAAGCUGACUGAGAAUAUAACAGCUGACCUGUGCACAACCUUUCAUGUGGUUCCCUUGAAUUUUGAACGUCCACAAUGUGUUAGUUGUGGUGUCCCGCUGGUAUGGAGGUAUUCUCUUGGGACCAGAUCGUUUCAAGCAUAUAAACAAUUGUGCAAGAAAUAUACUUGUGGAGUACGACUAUGUACCAUCAACGGAAGAAUCAUCUAGACAAGCUGGGAAGAGCAAGAAGAUAAGGAAGGACAACAAGAAGAAAACAGAACACUAAUUUAUUUUUUAAAAACUUUAAAAGAUUAUUUUGCACAUAUUUAUACAAAAACCCCUGGACCUUAUUGCCUUA